AUGGAUUUCGGCGCCUUGGAACUCGUCGAUGAUAGGACCAGGACGGUUAGAGAUUUUGCCUCGAAUCCGGAAAGAGCGGAAAGGAUCAAAGCGGGAUGUUCGCCCAAAUCUAGAGGACGCCAGACCCGCAGCCGAGGUACGAGACGUUCGAGGCGCUCGACGAAUAUUGGGCGUCGAAGCGAAUGGGAGUUCGCUGGAUCUCAUCUUGGGGGUAGCGUGAAACACAGCUCGGUGACCUUCUCGGUGGCGCCAUCAAACGUGGGAAGACAUGCUCGACGUCAUCAACAGUGCGGCGGCAUGGUCAGGCUUCGUACGGCGACUGUCAUAAUGCCCCAACAAUGUCGCAAGCCACCCAAGCCCAAACCCGACGUCGCUCAGCUCUGUUUGCCCGACUUUACGCCAUACCGGGGCUUUGAUAGUGAGAAUCCUGAGCAACUUUCAGCGCAUAUCGGCAACAAGAUCAUCAAAUUGCGUGACACCGCUACCCUUGUGUCUGCGAGCUCGGCCACCUUAAAAGCUGCAAGGACAUCUGGGUUUCGCUUCGAAUGCUAUUCGGCUUCUGAGAACAGGGUCAAGCCGUCUGGUACUUCUCGCGCUCCUACUACGGUAUCGUCGGCAUGA